AGUCGGACCCGGCACCAUUACGUCGCCGUGGCCACCGAUGAGUGCCGGCCCGCCUGGUGCGCUGGGGCCGGCAGACACAAAUGGCAGUAUGGUGGAUAGUAAAAAUCUGGAUGUCGGCGAUAUGAGCGACGACGAAAAGGAUCUCUCCUCUGCCGAUGCGGAAGGUGUUUGGAGCCCCGACAUUGAACAGAGUUUUCAAGAGGCUCUCUCCAUAUACCCGCCUUGUGGACGACGGAAAAUAAUUUUAUCUGACGAGGGUAAAAUGUAUGAAAACAUCAAAGCCCGAUUAAAUAUUACCCGAUUUUAA